UGCAAGUGGAGGAAGCCUACAAGAUCUUCUAAACAACAGAGGCUAUCUGGACAUGGACUCCGUACUGUACUACGCAGCUGAGAUGGUGUGCGGCCUGCAAUUUCUGCACUCUGAAGGAAUUAUCCAUCGAGACUUCAAACCGGAAAACAUUCUGUUCAGCAACAAGGGACACAUCAAGAUUGCUGACUUUGGAUUGGCUGCUGAGAACGUAUUUGGCAACAAAACCAUCUCAGGAUCAAUUGGGACAUUGCACAACAUGGCCCCAGAGAUGAUCCAGUGUCAAAUCUACAAUUCAGCAGUAGACUGGUGGGCUUUUGGGAUUGUCUUGUGCAAAAUGGCCACUGGAAGAUCACCUUUUUAUGAAGGCCGUAAAGCAGAGAAAUGCAUCCAUUUUAUCCUCAAUUGCCAGCCCAGCUAUUCAGAACAGCUCAGUACAGAACUGCAAGAUCUUCUGGAAAAGCUCCUAAAGAAGAAGCCAUACAAGCGGCUUGGGUUCAAGGGGAUAUAA